CACAUCGUUGCCCCAGAGAACGAGAUCCCUGUCGUCAAGAUCCUGGCCGUCAUGGGUCUUUGCUUCUCUCUGAUCGCCGCAAUGCUCUACCUCGGCGUCCAGUGGAUCAUCCGUGUCGGCAAAGCCGAACAUGCCUCCAAACAGCUCCCUCACCAACAGCAACAGCAGAGCAUCAAGAAAAAGGAGGAUUAA